AUGUACUUAUAUCGCACUCUCUUCCAGUGUGAAUGUCAGCCAGGCCAACAAGAUUCGCGCUACAAUCAUGACAUUCAAAACUACUGCGUUACUUUUAUUAGCAGGGAUAACUUGGGCGUCCCCUCCCCUGUCCAACGAGCAGAUGCCGCCUGCACCCCAACAGCAGGGGGCUCCCCCAGCACCGAUGAUGUCCCGGCCAUCGUGGAAGCAAUCUCAUCAUGCGGCAAUGGCGGGACAAUUGUCAUCCCAGAAGGGUCAACCUACUACCUGAACACCGCGCUCGAUCUGGAUGGGUGCUCCGGCUGCCAGUUUCAGAUAGAGGGGACGCUCCUGUUCUCGGACGAUACGGACUACUGGAAUGGGGAGACGGCUAUGAUCAAUGUGAAGGAUGUUGAGGGAUUGACUAUGCAUUCCCUCACGGGGUCGGGUGUGAUUGAUGGGAAUGGACAGGCUUCGUGGGAUCUUUUCGCCGAGGACGAAAGCUAUGAACGUCCGACACUUCUGUAUAUAACCGGCGGGAGCAACAUCAAAGUGUCGAACCUGCUCCAGAAAAACCCCCCCAAUGUCUUUGUCUCUGUCAAAGAAGGGACGACGAAUGCUGCAUUCACGGAUCUAACACUCAACGCGGAAUCCACAUCUGAUAACGAACCCAAGAACACAGAUGGGUUUGACAUUGGGGAAAGCACGUAUGUCACUAUCUCAAACACGACCGUUGUCAACGACGACGACUGCAUCGCCUUCAAGCCUGGCUGCGACUACCUUACCGUUACCGAUAUCACCUGCACGGGAUCUCAUGGUCUGUCCGUCGGAUCUUUAGGCAAAAGCAGCGACGAUACGGUCAGCAAUGUCUGGGUCGAGGGUGCAACGAUGAUAUCCUCAACCAAAGCCGCGGGAAUAAAGACGUAUCCCAGCGGUGGCGACCACGGACUGAGCAGUGUGAAGAAUGUUACAUGGAAGGAUGUCGUCGUGAAGGACUGCGAGUACGCAAUCCAGAUCCAAAGCUGCUAUGGCGAGGACGAGGAAUAUUGCACGAGUAAUCCCGGGAAUGCAGUCCUCUCGGGAAUUACAUUCCAGGGGUUUAGUGGCACGACCAACGAUAAGUAUGGUCCUGUAACUGGGAACUUGAAUUGCGGUGCGGAUGGCGAGUGUGACGUUUCUGUUGUGGACUACACGGUUGAGGCAGCGUCGGGUGAUGGUGAGGUGCUCUGCGCCAAUACACCUUCAGAGCUGGGGGUGUCGUGUUCCUCUGGGGCAUCGGGGUGA